AUGGACCAAUCACAGUCGCCACAGCAGCAUGUACGGACAGCCUCUGCCGCCCACCAGAUGGCCGCCCAGCAGUCGUUACCUCCACAGUCUGCCGCCCAGCAACCGCUGCCGCCUCAGUCUGCCGCCCAGCAACCUCUGCCGCCCCAGUCGGCCGCCCAGCAACUGUUUGACCCACGAGUUUGGCCCGGCUUUGAGCGGUUCAACCAGGUGCAAGGCCUGCUGGACCAGAACCGGCUGCUGAUUCACGAGAUCAAGACGAACCACGAGGCCCGGCUGCCGGAUGGGCUCAUGCGCAACGUGACCCUUAUCAGAGAGCUCAACUCGAAUGUCACCAAGGUCGUAGACCUGUACGCUGACAUCUCCCGCACCUUCGUGCGCACCUUUGGCAGCUCUGCAGCUGCCCGCGCCUCUCCUGGCGCUGCUGGGGGGGAUGCUGCUGCUGCCGGGGCUGUGGGGGGCGACAGUGACGGCUAG